UUGACUGUACUGUACUUCGGCAGACAUCCAUCCCUACGCCAAAGUUAGUAGUUGCGCUGCGGCCAGCCAGGUAGCCUUCGCCGCUUGAUUGCUGCGGAUUUUUUAGUCACUGACUGGUGUAAUUUUAAGACGUGGAAUAUUCUACUUGUUCAAUAGCACCUUUUUACCUAUAGCCUAUAAAUUAUUUGAUUUUGUUCAGUUAUCUUAUUCUGUCCUGGUAGGACGCAUAUGCUAACUCUUCACAGGGCAAGGCUAUUUGGGAUAGAGCAAGUAAGGCCAUUAUUUGCAGCAGGAGUUAGUUAGCUUUCAAGCUAAAUUAAGAAGUCUGUUUUCAUGCCGGAUUUCGAACAUUUCAGAUUUUCAUACGCAAGCAUGAAUCCGUUAUUGGGGGAGAACGCGUACCUGGUUCAGCAACAGCAGCAUAACCAGAUGGGCAGCAAUUCGGAUUCUUCUAUGACAGGCCUAGACUCAUACGGUGCACCUGACUCAGGCUUCAUCUUGGGUGAGCACACUGGCUUUGGACAAGAUGGGCUAUCUGGCCUGGAAUUUAGUGCGCUGCCACCUUCGGGACUCGGGUAUCUGCACCUGAACAACAUGCACCGUGCGCCGCCGCCCCCCGCAGCGAUGGCCCUGCGUAAUGACUUGGGCUCCAACAUCAGUGUUCUCAAGACCUUGAAUUUGCGCUUCCGCUGCUUUUUGGCUAAAGUUCAUGAGCUGGAGCGUCGGAAUAAAGCUUUAGAGAAGCAGCUUCAGCAGGCUUUGGAAAAUAAUGAGGACAAUUCAGGAGAAGGACACAGGAAAAAGCCAUUUACUAAGGAAAUGGGAGUCCAGACUGGUUUCGUAGGGUCCAUCGCAGUUAGGCCCGGACAUAUCCCCCUCCAGAACGUCAAUAAUUCUGCAUACCUUCCCGGAGGCCUUCUCUCUCCAUCACUCAACAGGCCUACAACUCCCGUCUUUGAGUCCAACAAAUCAGUAUUUAGGAACUCGACUCUGACUGACUUGAAUUGCAACCUCAAUUCCAACCAACUCACUCCACAUAUUUCCAUCAGUCCUUUAUUAACCCCUACCGAUCCUUGCGAGACGAUAUCCAACAUUAACGAGAAAUAUUUCCGUUUUGGGACUGGUAUGUCUACUAACCCUCCUCCCCGGUUCAUUCCCGGCGCAGUUUGGUCCUACAACCACGACCGCAGAUUUGGCGCGGGGAGGGAUUCGCGCAUAACAGGCACGGGUGUGCCUUGUGCCCAAACGGACGGAGUAGGUGUACAAAUCGACACCAUCACCCCUGAGAUACGGGCCCUGUACAACGUGUUGGGCAAGGUGAAACGAGAGAGGGAUGAGUAUAAACGCAGAUGGGAGGAAGAAUAUACAUUCAGAGUGGACCUCCAGGAGAAAGUGGCUGAGCUGGAGGAGGAUCUCCAGGAGAGUGAGGUGUGUCAGGAUGAACUGGCUCUCAGGGUGAAACAGCUGAAAGCUGAGCUGGUCCUCUUCAAAGGCCUAAUGAGCAACAACCUGUCAGAUCUGGACAGUAAGAUCCAGGAGAAGGCCAUGAAGGUGGACAUGGACAUCUGUAGACGCAUCGACAUCACGGCUCGCCUGUGUGAUGUGGCCCAGCAGAGGAACUGUGAAGACAUGAUCCAGAUCUUCCAGCAGAUGGCCACACCUCCUUCCACUCUGAAUCGCCGGCCCCGAAAGCAGGCGGCCCAGUCGGUUAAAGGUGGUGAUGGGGAUGAACCAACUAGCAUCUCUGAGAGCGAGAGGGGCAAUGAUGAGGAGUCAUGUAGCACGUCAGCCAAUCAGAUCAACGAGGAGAUGCAGAGGAUGCUGAACCAGCUGAGGGAGUGUGAGUUUGAGGACGACUGUGACAGCCUGGCCUGGGAGGAGACUGAGGAGACUCUGCUGCUGUGGGAGGAUUUUCCAGGAUACACUCUGGGAGCAGUGGAGACCCAGGGAGAGCAGCAGGAGGAGUCCAUAGAGAAGGUGAUAAAGGACACAGAGUCCCUCUUCCAGACUAGAGAGAAGGAGUAUCAGGAGACAAUCGACCAGAUCGAGUUGGAGCUGGCCACGGCUAAGAGUGACAUGAACCGACACCUGCACGAGUACAUGGAGAUGUGUUCCAUGAAGCGAGGCCUGGACGUGCAGAUGGAGACGUGCAGGAGACUCAUCACCCAGAGUGGGGACAGGAAAUCUCCCCCUCUCAUUACUGCGGCAAUGGAAGACUCUGAUGACGGAGAGAAGGAGUGGAAAAAGGGGUCCCCACCCACAGACUCUGAAAGUGAUGAACCCUACUGUGAAACACAGGUUAAUAGUGGUACGGUCCCUCACUUACCAUGGAGGAAGUCCUAAUCCUUACUGAUGAUGCCCUGUAAAUGUACCAUAGUCUGGAUAGUGCUGCUGUUUACAUUUGUUGCCAUCAAUUAUGUAAAACUAGCAGACUCUUUCCAGGGCCAUAUAUCAUCACUGCCCUCUUGUGGUUCAGGUUAUUACAACACCUAAUCUGAGGAUAGGACUAAAUGGCACUUAAAAACAUUUCAAUGAAUUUCUUAACAUUGUGCUAUUUAUAUCUCUUCUUAUAUGAUAUGAACGAUCAAAAUAUAUACAUUUUUGUUAAGUUUGCACAUUGACCUUGCUGUUUGUAGCAAGGUCCACCCAAAAACUAUUUGCACACAGUUUUUGUGGAAUAAAUGCCUUAUGUUACAUUGCAGUUACAGAUUUGAAACCACAGCUGCAUUUUUGAUGGCAAACAAAAAAAAAUGGCAAACUAUUUGCACAGGAUAAGUAAUUAUCUAGUAGUCUGUUGCAGACAAACAAAAUGAGCAUUUGCAAUUUGCUAAAAGGAAAGGACCUAGCUGUUGAUAGUCAUCUAUGAAAAUGUAUUUUCUUUAUAAUUAAUGUCCUUCUCAUGAUCUAUUUUGCCUUUGUUUUAAAGAAUGUAUACCACUUCUAGGAAACCUGUAGAAAGAUUGCUUAAAAAGGCUUUACAUCCUUCAACAUUCGUAUAUACACAACAUGUUAUUAACAGAAGUUCACAACAUUUGUAUUUAUGUGGAAUUGAUUAUCCUUUACUUUAUUUGAUUACAUAUUCAUACAUACUUGAUUCAUUUAUUUCAGCACUUUUUCAGUCAUCAUUGAAAUUCAGAUCGCUAUGUCUUUUUUUAUAUUCAAAUAACUAAAAAGAAAGUAUGAUAGUUGAUAGAUUUUUUUUUUAACAUGAAAUGCAGAGGAUAAUAUUAUGUAGUUUUGCAAAGAUAAUUCACAAAAGCCAUUGCUAUAAAGUUUAGAGUCAAAAGUAAAACAUUGGUACCGUUAGCUUUGCACUGUUAUGCACAUUGCUGGGAUUCCAAGCUAUAAGCAAACAUAGAAGCAUACUGCAUUAGACCCAUGGAUAGUGUUGAUAUCACAACCCACAUAAAUAAGUCCUACAAAAGCACACACUUAAUGCUAGCGUAUCAAUCCCCAGCCAGCAGUGACUUUAUCUUGAACUCAAAAAAGCUCUCUGAUCAAUCAACGGGGGAAUCAGACUGCUAUUUUGGUGCACUUUUAAAAUGGACAGCCAAGCGGUAUGAGUUUAAAGGACGUGGACAAAGGGAGAAGUAGGCUAGAGUAGAUGUUGGUCCUGUUCAGGACAAUCUAACAUACUGCUAGCAGGCGAAAUAACUUCUUUGGGAGAUCGUUCAAGGGCACUCAAACUGUGACAUGUUUUAUGUAGUAACACAUGAGACCUUCAUUAUCUGAACACGGGCAGUGUGUUUAACCAUCUGCUUUGUGAGAUCUGCGGUUUUGUCUCUGGAUGUGGCACAGUUUCAUUGCACUUGAACAUGCUCAGUGUUUACAGUUGGAGAAAACGUAAAACAACAAACAUAUCUAGGGCUCGAUUCAAAUCAGUCGCGCGGAAGAUCAGCGUUACAGCGCGAUUGACAUUUAAAAGCAAGACUCCGCGUUUGCGGAGACUCCGUUCAAGGUGAACGCUGCAUGUGUCGGCUCAAUCAGAAACGACCUUUACAUUUCAAUCACACUACAACACAGGUUGUCCGCGCUCCGGAUUGAAUCGAGCCGCUCCUCUGUUUAUUGAUGUCUGAAAGCCUAUUGUAAAUACCCCCCCCCUAUAUUGUACAGUUUGUAAAUCUCCAUAUAUAGGUUGCACAAAUGGAUCUAUAUUCAACAGUAAUGAUAAACACUGUAUAAAAACUGAAAACAUAUAACACCUGUACUAGCUAUUACUGAAUGUAAAUAACAUCAAUGUACACUGAGAAGACAAAUCCAUGUAAGAGAAGCCAGGAAUGCAUGGAAGAGAUUUCGUAUGAGUGAAAAGGUGGCCAUUGUAUAGGGAGUGUCUUUGCGUGUUCUGAGACUGGCUUCGUUGGUGUGCAUGUACCUCUGUCUAGUGCUGUCUGUCUUGUAUUGCAAGAAUGUUUCAGAGUUUACUUGUUCGCCUCUUUGGGGAAUCAAAACAUAUCUUUCAUAUUAUAAAACUUGAAUGUCUGCCUAGUAAAUCCUCUCAUCUUUACCGCAAAAGAGUAAACACGGAAGAAAACAACAAGAGCAAAAGCCGUGUUAAAACUUGCAUCGCCAUAGCCAUCAAUAGACUGCCAUACCUCGUCAUGCAACUGUGUACAGAAGCUCAGCAAGUAAACUUUUGAAAACAUCAAUGUUGAAAUAUGAAUAUUAGCAACAGCUGUGUGAGAAUGACGAUUAUAUGUGGUGAAAGAGUUGAACAAUUACAUUUACAGUCUCAAAUGAUAUACACGGAGUAUACCAAACAUUGGGAACAACUUCCUAAUAUUGAAACAGCCCCAAUUCAUCGGGGAAUGGACUCUACAAGGUGUCGAAGGCGUUCC